AUGAAUGCAUCAAUAAUUACUUGGUUAAAACAACGAUGGCGUUUACUGUUAGUAAUUCUAACACCAUUGAUUUUACUUCCAUUACCUAUUAUUAUUAAUAAUCCUGCUGGUGUUUUAACUGCAGAAGUAGUGGCACCCCACUAUUUCAAAGAUAUUAUUGCACUUUUUUUCGGUAGUAUGGCAUUUGGUUAUGCUGUCGAAUCGGUUAAUCUUCAUCGUCGUAUUGCUUUAUUUGUUUUAAGUUGGGUUGGUACGGGAACUAAAUGGAUUAUGGCUGGUCUAAUGGGAGCAACAGCAUUUCUUUCAAUGUGGAUGAAUAAUACUGCAUCGACAUCGAUUAUGUUGCCUGUAGCCUUGGCUAUCGUCGAUGAACUCAAUGUCUAUAACAAAAAUUCUCUUGAUAGACGACAAAGAUUUCUUCUUGCCAUAGCUUAUUCAUCAUCUAUCGGUGGACUAUCUAGUUUAGUUGGUACUACACCCAAUAUUUAUCUUAAAGGUUUUAUAGAUAGUAAAUACAAUGGUACUAACUUUCGUAUAAACUUCCUCAAUUUUCUACUAUUUGCUUUACCGGUUGGAAUAUUAAUGCUUAUAUUCUGUUGGUUAUGGUUACAGUUGUGUUAUAACAGAAAAGAGCUAUUUCAAUGUCGACCCUCUGUUGAAACACGAAAAUCUCAAGUUAAGCUGAAGGCAUUACUAACGAAACAAUAUAGAGACCUUGGACGACCGAAAUGGAGUGAACUCAUCGUAGGUAUUAUAUUCAUUAUAUUGAUUGUUCUAUGGGUAACAAGAGAGUUUUCUGAUACAACAGGAUGGAGUAUGAUAUUUAAACGCGAUCAUAUCAGUGAUGGGACUGUAGCAAUGUUUUGUGGAAUACUUCCAUUAAUCCUACCUGAUAGCAAUCCAUUUAAUCGACGAAAUGAUUGGAAAUACGAACCAAUUGUCAAAUGGACUAGUUUAGUACAGAAUAUUUCAUGGGGUGCAAUAAUUCUCCUUGGUGCUGGUCUUUCAUUGGCCUCUGCUUUUCAAACAUCAAUGCUGUCAGAAAGCGUAGCAAAAGCUCUUGGUUUUAUCUCCAAUAUGCCACAAGCUGCAGCUAUUAUAAUCAUUGUUGUUAUCAGUGGUUUUUUCACUGAAGUGACAUCGAAUUUAAGUACGGCAACCAUCUUUUUUCCUGUACUUGAUUCUGUGGCAACUUCAAGUGGCAUACAUCCAGCUUUUCUUAUACUUCCAUGUACACUGGCUGUUUCUCUCGCCUUUAUGUUGCCCAUCGCUACACCACCAAAUGCCAUUGUUUUUGCUAGUGGUGCUAUUCGUGUCAUUGAUAUGAUCAAAACUGGAAUAGUGAUGAAUCUCAUUGGCUUUUUAGUCAUCUUUCUAGCUGCCAAUACAUGGAUGCCAAAAAUUUUUGAUCUAAAUGAUCAAACAACGGCGAUUUUUCUCAACAUGACUACUCGUACUAUUUAA